GUUGAUGUCUUCUUUUUUAACAGAUAUUCUAUGAUACGUCAAAAUUCAAAACAUCAACAUGUCAGUUUUAUUUAUAUUUUAGGUUAAGAAAAUGUCAAAAACCCAAAUUUUAAAAGAAUAUAGAAAAAAUGUAACAAUACUAAAGAAUAGUGCCAAAAACUUAGGUUUAAGUAACAAAGAAAUCGACUGCCUUUUUAAAGAAUCAUUUGUCGAGUUGAAAAAAGAACUAAACGGUUCAGAAAAUAUACCUAAACGUACCAAAAGUAACAAAAUCUGUACUCAUUUUAGAAACGUAUUCGUACUUUUAAUUGUUAUUUCCUUUUUUAUUUAUAUUUUAUUGAAUGUUCAUCAACCUACUUCCAGUAUUGUACUAAGAAAUGUUCAAGGACUGACCUAUCCGACCUUGAAAUUUGUAAGAUUCUUAGCAGUGCCUAUAAUUAAAUAUUUUCCAUCUUUAACAGAUUUGUAUGAUGAAACAUGUCUUCUGGAAAAUCCUUAUUUUUACGUAUCAGAUAUGGAAUGUUGGCCUUGCGAAAAUGUAUUUGCAGUUCUAAAUCUUACAAAAGUAGAGAACGGUUACCUCAAAUCUGGUUAUGGUACUCCUUUUAUAACAAAGUCAAACCAACAGAUGGUGGAUCUAAAAAUUCUACAAGAUAUUUACAAUCAAAAUAAAAAUAUCUUAAAUUCAGAAACAAAAAGACUGGAAUCAACUAAUUCAUCAUACACCAAUUUAAAAGACUUAUUUAGUAAUAAUGUGGAGUUAUCAUCCCAUACACAUAUCUCAUGGCGUAUUACCAAAAUGGCCACAGCUCGUGUCAUCCGUCAAGUCUUCCCAAAACCUUUUUUCCUUCCUGAAAGAUCAGGUCAAAGUGUCGAGAGAUUUUUGAUGAUAGAUGGGGCUAAAGCGGAACCCUAUGUACUGCCUAAUACUGAAUGCAGCUAUGUUUUUGUCAUACAAGCCUCAGGAGAAAGAAGUAUAGUACUGAAGCCAUCUAAAGAAUGCAGUAAUAGCUGCAAGACCAUAUCUAUUGUACUCAAACCCUCGUAUGUCUUAUGGUACAACUGGUGGUACUGGCGGCCUAUAAGUCUUCCCAUUACAAACUCCAGUGAACCUUCCAUAACUUAUAUCAAUUCUUAUUGUUAACUGCGUUUUUUACAUAACCACAUUAUUUAUUUAUAGUGUAAAGUCUAAAUACUAUCAAUAAAUAUGCACCAAAUUGAUCGAAACGGAAACCAUAAACGACCAACAAGGUCACCUGAUUUAAACCCUUUUUUUAUUUAUAUUUGUCUUCUCUGUGGCUAUUUAUCCUUCACAUGGUUCACUAUUUUUGAAAUUAAAAAGUGCUCUAGUAAUGGCCAACAAUGACAUACUUUUUCUUUUAAAAACUUAUAUUCUUUUCUGUGGCUAUUCAACCCUUGUAAUAUUUUAGAAUUAACUGUACAAAGCAUGCUGCUCAUGCCCAACAAGAUCACCUGAUGCAACCCUUUCAGACGUUAUCCUUUGAAAAUGUCUUCUUUUUGACUAUGUAACCCUUGUAGGGCCCUUACCUGCCUUAAGCAUAGCUAGUGGAUUUUUACAUAACCCUUUUUGACCAAUUUGGACAUAGAGAAACUAGUAUAUCCUGAAUAAUAAAAAUUUGAAGAACAUAAAAACGUUUAAAAUACUUGUUAUUAAUUUCAGAAGUGGGAUCAGUUUUUCACUUUGAAGCAUAUUUAUUGAGAAAUUUUGAUGUCAGUUCAAAAUAUAUCGCCACCCUAAAUGAUCUAUAAUUUUACAAAUAAUGUAUUUAGCGUUUUUUUUAUAAUAAAAGGCUGAUUUUAUUCAAA